CAUGUGUUGCAACAUCAACAUUUUUGUUUCGAUCUUGGACCAUGCUUGGACAUGCUGAAUCGUCUGAACAGUGAGACAGUGACCAAAGUAUUAUAAAGAAAAUUGCUCUUGGAGUUGUCAUCCUUUUAUCGCUGCUUAAACGCUUUACUCAUAUUGAUAAGCAAUCACCCGGUCAAUGCAUCCGUUUCUAAGUUUUCACCCCAACCGAGUGUUUUUCAGAACGCAUUGAUAAUUUUACUUGCAUGAAUCGCAGAGUGAGUAAGUAGUUCUUCCAUUCCUGUUGUGAAAGUUUUCGGCAAGCCAUUUGUUUCUUUGGAUAGCCUCAUUCAAGAUAAAUCAUCUGUUUAAAAACAAAGCAUAGUCUGUGGAAGGAUGAAAACAUCAAGAUUGAAAGAGUAUCUUUUGAACCGGAGUCAGAUCGUGGUUGAAAGAAAGUAAGUCGACCAAGAAAAGAGGCUGUAACAUCCAUACAUAUGUGUCGCUUUAUAGCACACCCUGGCGCUUUAUGACACCGAGUGAUCUAACCUCCACUGCCACCUGUGAAGCCACAACCCUCCGGGCAUUAAGCACCUUAAGCGCUCUCCUCUCUAAUUUUUUCUUCAAUCCCAACCCGCCAACCUCUAAUUGGGCGCCCACUGCGACUUGUAUCAGGAGGAACCAAAUCAAGGACUACAAGAUAAGGAAACAAUUCGGCGAGCAAGAAACUAUGAGUUCAUCCAGUGACUCAAGUGAAGAUGAGAAUGUUGAACGGCUGAGAGAUGCUCUGGACGUACGAUUCAUCAGUGAUUCUUUGUACUCAUCUGAUGGUAAAGCAGAUUUGAAAAUCAAAGAGCCUGAGAAACCAAAACCGUUACCCUCCAACCGGCCAGUUCCAGAGGAAUUUGUCACGCACCAUUUAAAAGUUACCCCCGAGUUCCAGUCUUUCGUUUCAAAACAGCUCUCAAAAUUUCUCGACGAGCAAAUCAAAGAAGUCAAAAAGAAAAAGCCAAAAAGCAAGACUGAACCAGAUGGCAUGUCAGGAAUUUAUCUCCUCAGGAACUCUAAGUCUUUUUUAAGCAGUGAAGAACCAGAUCAUCAUUUCAUUCCCACCAAGAGGUGCAGACGUAAGGAACAACACAUUAACUGUACAGAAGAAGACAUGCUGGAAGUUGUCGUUAGCCCUGAGUGGGUGUUGAAUGGUGAAGGGACUAAAGGUUGGCAGAGGAAUGCAAAAAAAAGCCCUCUGUUUAGCUAUAAAAAAAAUGAAGAAGGCGUGUUGGAGCUUAUAAGUGAGACCAGCCGAGGUUAAAUGCUGCCAUUAGUUCCCAUGAGAUUAGUCCUGACGUUUUGGUUUUCUGAGUAGCCUGUGUUCUUUUGAGAGGAAAAGGAUAGCAUAUGGUUUGUCUCAAUUUUGGUAGAUGCAAAUCAUGGAUAGUAACUUACUUUGUCUGUGGCCUUUUCUUCGCUUGAGAUGGGUCAUUGGUAUCGAAAGUUUCUAGCUUCUUAGCUCCUCAAAGAAGCAGUAUGCCGGUACUGCAAAUUUGCUGGUUCUUGCCAAGACAUCUUGGAUCAUGCGAUAUUUUAGAUUCCUACUCCAUCUUAAAAGCAAGGCCUUAUCACUUUUAAGGAACUGCUUUUGUGCCUAUUUCCUGAUUGUGGUGAUGAUAUGAUGAAUGUUAAAAGUCAUUGAAUCAUCAAAAACAUUAUGAUGAAAUACUGAUUUCUCUUUUGACUUCCAGUAAAAAACCCAUUUUUUUCCAUGCAUAUUUCUGUACAACAAGUCGCAUUUAAAAAAGUCUGUGAUAAAAGUAGAUUAGUUUUUUUUCCUCCAUGUUUGAGAUUAUAUCUGUGACCAGAUCUAUGAAAUGGGACCUUAUCCUCCGGAAGAAAAUACUCAAAAUUCCGUAAAUGCAUGGAGGAAGAAAAUAUGGAAAUUUUCGCGCAAGUUUGACCCUGAAAGCUCUAAAAUUGAAGGAGAUGUGAGUCCUGAAGUGCUUAGACAAAAAUUCUCAGAUCGCAGAAAAACAAGUUAUAAGUUUUUGUGAAGAGUAAGGGAAAAUUUUCUUUUGGAAGAUGAGGUCUCUUUUCACAGAUCCGGUUAAAUUUGUUGAAUGUAAUUAUAAGGUAGGUAUAACAGCAAUCUUUUUUUCCUGUAUGGUAGUAAUAUAGAUAGCUGUACCAUGAGAAAGAAACACCUGGAUUAUGUGAUUUCAUUUAGCAGAUGGGAACCAACAAGCUAACAUAGUUUUCAAAAUCAUGCAACUUCCUCUUUUAUUUAAAAAUACUAAGUAAUUAUUAUCGCAGCAAUAAAAUGUAUAGGUAUAAUGGUUUUCCUUUAAAAUUAACAAGUUUUUGGUAGAAAAACAAAAAGUAUUCCCUUCUGCUAAAUGCAAGCCUCUUAUGGGCCCUUCCUCCAGAACUGCUCUCUUUAACUGUGAUUUUUGCAAGAUUACUCAAAUGAAAUAUUUGAGAAUAAAAUAUAAGAUGAAUAAAAAAAAGAGCUUAAAGUUAGUAUUAAAGAAAUAAUUUCAACAGAGCAAUAUUAGAAAAUAGAGGCAUCAGCUAUUGCAGACCUCAGAUGUGAUCUUCAUCCAGAAUACAGCUGUGUCCAAAACUCAAAAAGUACAGUCGUGAGGUAUUGCCCAGAACUUCUAUAUGUUUUUGUGAAACUUAGAAAAUGUAUCGAGUCGAUUUAUAAAUGUGUUCAAUUUAUCAUGAUUUCAUCAUUAAAAGUUGAUUAAGUAAACCCAUUA